GUCUGCCAGGAUGGCGCGUCACAGCGCCUGAGGGGGGCCACCGAAGCGGACGCAAAGCUCCGUCCCAGACGGACCUGGGCCUUGCUCCGCUGCGGGUGAAGGUGAGCGCCGCCUGGGUAGGCCUCAGACCCUCAGAGAAGUCCUGCAAAAUGGAUCCCCCGGUCAAGCUCAAUGUGACCUUCCAAGGUGACACCCAGAGCUUCCUUGUGUCGGAUUCAGCCAAUACCACAUGGGCUGAUGUGGAAGCCAUGGUAAAAGUCUCAUUUGAACUGAACGAUAUCCAGAUUAAAUACCUAGAUGAAGAUCAUGAUGAGGUGUCUGUCAAUACUGCAGCUUAUGCCGAAAGCCGUUGGUGUGGACGAGAAGUGGCAAUGGUGGUGCGUGUGCCCAUGGCGCGGGCGCUGCGCCAUGCUGGUGUACAUGAGAUCCCCAUCCUUUUCAAUGGGGUUCAACAACAUACCGCGUAUGUGGCUGACUGUAUAUACAAAUUCUGUGGGAAUGUGGAACCCAGCAUGCAUCUGCAACUGUGUGAAGCAGGAGUAUGCCAUGAUCCUAAUCAUGUGCUUUGGAAGCUGCGAAGGCCUGUCCGUAUCUCAGAAUCGUAUAACCUUGGGCAGUUCUCACCUCGUCUCGCCACUCUGGAGCAAGUCAGGCUCCAGAAACAGAUGGAUAAGCGUUUCCUAAAGGCUGAGAAGCAGCGUUUGCGAGCAGAGAAGAAGCAGCGCAAAGCUGAAGUACGGGAACUCAAAAAGCAGCUGAAGUUGCAUCGGAAGAUCCACCUCUGGAACUCUGCCCAUGCUCUGGACAACACCAGUUUGACAGCUACCAAGACUGAGAACCUGCAGUCCAGCACACUUGUUCCCCUUCAGGGUUGUCCUGUCAUUGUCCCUACUCUGAGUGCUGCCUUUGUGGAUGAGAAUCUGCCAGAUGGAACUCGCCUCCAGCCAAGGACAUCCUUCAUCAAACAUUGGCGCAUGAGGAACACUGGCAACAUGGAGUGGAACUCUGACACCAAGCUAAAAUUCAUGUGGGGGAACUUAACGCUGCUAUCUUCAGAGAAGAAGGAUGUAGGUGUACCCUACUUGCUGCCGGGGCAAGUGGGGGUUGUCUCAGUGGAAUUUAUGACCCCAGCUGUGGAAGGAACCUACACAUCUCAUUGGCGGUUAUCUCACAGAGGGGAGCAAUUUGGGCCCCGGGUCUGGUGUAGCAUUGUUGUAGACACCUUUUCCUCCAGCACUGACUGCUCAGAGAAUUGCAAACUGGUAUCUACUUUCUGCCAGAAGGGCAGAUCCCUUUGUAAGGAAGAGGAAAGACUCUCAAAGUUCAAGGCAGAAGCUCUGCAGGCUGUUGAUAGUGCCAUGCAGGGAGGUUUGGUCAGCCGGGCUGCUCCCCCAAAUAUAAAGAGCAUCCUGAGUGCUAGAGAGUUCUACAUCCCUUCAGUCGACCUUCUCACGGCUCAGGACUUACUCUCCUUUGAAUUGCUGGACAUUAACAUAGUUCAAGAACUGGAGCAGGUCCCUCGCAACACUCCUGUUGACACAAGUCCAGAUAUGUCAGUCCUGCCCCAUGACAGCUCCCCACUGGACAACACCAGUCUGGACCAAAAGCAGGAAGAGAAGGAAGAAAGUACUUGUCAGCCAUUGCCUGACGCUCAGGUGGGGAAGGGAAAGACCGAAAACUCAGCAAAUCAAGAGGAAGCAGAAGAAGACAUGAGUGGGAGCCAGUUUGUUUGCGAAACAGUCAUUCGCUCUCUCACCUUGGAUGCUGCACCUGACCACAGGCCCCCACAAAGGAAGAAGUCUUUACAGGGUUCUCUGCAAGCCCUUCAAGAUACCAUUCACUAUAGCACCAAAGCCAAGGACACCAUCAAUCCUGUUUCUACACCAGAAGAGCCAGAGUCUACCAAUCAAGGCAUGGAGAUAGUCAAAGAACUAGAGUUUGAGAAACUGUCAAUGCAUGAUGGUGAGGAGUCAAGGGAUGGAGAGGCUGAAGAUGAUGCCAAGGAUGAAGUCUGUAGCCAAGCAUCUUCUACCUCCUCUGAGGAUUACAUUAUAAUACUCCCAGAAUGCUUUGAUACCAGCCGUCCUCUGGGUGACUCCAUGUACAGUUCUGCUCUCUCUCAGCCAAGCGUGGAGAAAACAGCAGAGGCUCCAGCAAAUCCUGAAGGAGAGAGCCAGUUGCCAGUACAGAGCAUCAAUGAUAUACUGACCACUUCUCAGACCCUGGAUGAAGUGCCACUGACCCCUCAGAUUGUGGAACCACAGCCUACAAGAUUUCUGGCACUUUCACAAAAUAUCAAUACCCAAGCAAGCAAUAGAGAAGAAACUCCUUUGAUUCUUGAUGAAAUGGGAGAAGAAUCUUCUGACAUUUCUUUGGUACCUUUUCAUUCCAACCUUCUCUGCAGACACACCCAAGGAAACAGCCUCGCUGGUGGCUUGGUGAAGGGAGCCUUGUCAGUGGCUGCUUCAGCCUACAAGGCUCUAUUUGCUGGACCACCCGCCAUGGACCAGGUAAGUCCCUGUGUUUCUCUUUGGAAUGGAAAAGGGGGAGCUUAACAACAGGAGUGUCAUUAUUCUCCAUGAUUGCACCAGGCAAGGGGAGCAAAUCUGAAAUUGGAUGCACUGUCCUGAAAGUAGGAUUCUAGCACUCUACCCUUAUGUGGGUUGCCCCUCCUUCUCCUUCCCUAGAUAGAUUUUUUUAUCAUUCUGUUGUGAGGAAAAUCUAUUCAGUUUUGGUAAGUGACAGAGCUGCCUAGUCCUCAAAAAAUAAAUAAUCCUUUGUUCUUGGUGCUGAACAGAGAAAGAGAGGAGACAGGAUAGAAGGUCUGCCCCAAUAUAUUUAAUUAUUCUGACAAGAACUGGAAAUCUUGAGAGCUCCCAGCAAACCACCUCUAACACUCAGAUAGUCCAGGAUCCACUCCAUCCACUGACACAGAUAGUAGUAAAUCUAGUGUUCAUUUUUUGUUCAGUGAGGGAGGGGAUAUCCUGAUAAUGAGAUGCUAGAAUAAUGGCAUUAUACUCCAGGUGGGUCAUCUUAACUGCUUGACAUAAUGGAGAACCUAUUCCUUUCCCACUAUUUUAUUAGAUUUGUUGUCAUUGUUAACUGCUGUCAAUUCAACUUUGACUUAUGGCGGCCCCAUAAAUGAGUGAUCUCCAAGCCACCCUAUCAUCAACAGCCCUGCUCAGACCUUACAGGCUCAGGGUUGUGGCUUCCUUGAUUUAUCCAUCUAUACAGUUUACAGUUACAAAUUUAUAGUUCAAUUAUCUGUAAUGUGGUCUUCCUCUUUUCCUACUGCUUUCUACCUUACCAAGCAUUCUUGUCUUUUCUAGAGAGUCAUGUCUUCUCAUGAUGUGUCCAAAGCAAUCUUGUUUAGUCAUCUUGGCUUCUAAGGAAAGUUCAGGCUUGAUUUGCUCUAGGACCCUUUCAUUUAUCUUUUUAGCAGUCCACGGUCCAUAAAAGUCCAUAAAACUUCACUCCAUCACCACAUUUCAAAUGAAUUGAUUUCUUCCUAUCAGCUUUCUUUAAUGUCCAUCUUUCACAACUAUGGCCUGGUACAGAUGGGCCUUUUGUGACUCCCUUGUCACGUGCUAGUGUUGCCUGGGGGCAGUGCCCACACGCCCCACAACUCUCGCACAUGACGAGGAUGUAACAAUGGCGGCACCCUGUAUACAUGGGGCCCGCAUUGUUAUGUAAGCGCAGCCACCGCAGGGUAAAAAGAACCCGCUGGUCCAGUACAGACUGCAGAAAAGGGACAGUCUGCAGCCGCCUCUUUCCACAGUGGAUUGGGGCCAGGGCAGCCUCACCAACAGCCCAGAGGCCCGAAUCCGGCGCUUUU